ACCCCCCCCAGACCCCGCCCCCCGCCAUGUCGGCUCUCAGGUUCUCGGCCAAUGUGAGUUGGAUGUUCCCGGAGAUCCCCGACCUGCCCGACCGGAUCCGAGCCUCGGCCACAGCGGGCUUCCGGGGGGUGGAGGCGGCCUGGCCGUACGAGUGUCCGACCGGAGCCCUCCGGGGGGCCCUGAGCGAGGGGCGGGGCCUGGAGAUGGUCCUCAUCAACACGCCCCCAGGGGACACUCGGGUCGGAGAGUUGGGUCUCGGCGCCGUUCCUGGAAGACAAGACGCGUUCCGUGCCGGCCUGGACCGAGCCGUCCGAUUGGCCACCGACCUGGAAUGUCAGAGGAUUCACAUCAUGGCAGGACGGGUCCCGGAGGGUCGGGAUCGGGGGUCAGUGGAGAAGGAAAUGGAGGAGACGUUUGUUGAGAACCUCCGAUACGCGGCAGACGUGUUACAUCAGGUCGGUAUCGUUGGACUGAUUGAACCAAUAAACUCUCGUAUUACUGAGCCGCGGUACUUCCUGAACACGCCACAACAAGCGGCUGCGAUCUUACAGAAAGUGGGGAGAGAAAAUCUGAAGAUGCAAAUGGACAUCUUCCACUGGCAGAUCAUGGAUGGAAAUCUGACUGAGAACAUCCGGAGAUAUUUCCCGUUGAUCGGUCACGUCCAGAUCGCGCAGGUCCCUCACCGGCACGAGCCGGACAGUCCCGGAGAGCUGAAUUUCCCGUAUUUGUUUGACCUUCUGGAGGAGCUGGGCUACCAAGGAUAUGUCGGGUGCGAAUACAAACCUUGUGGUGACACGGUAGCUGGACUCGGCUGGAUGGAGGAAUAUCAUAAGAGGCGCGAAGAGCGAUCCAAGUCUAACUGAAGCCUUGGAAUCCGGAGGGCGUAUUUCAUAGGGUCUAAUGGAGGGGGGGCAACCUGGGGCCCUCCAUCUGUUGUGGAACUACAUUUCCCAUGAGGCAUUGCAAGGCUGGUAGUUACAAUUACUCCCAGAGGCAUGAUGGGACUUGUAGUUCUGCAACGGCUGGAGGGGCCCAAGAUUACCUACCCCUGGUCUAAUGCAACUGCAAGACAUCAGUCUGAACUACAACUCCCAAAAUCCUGUGAGGAAUAAACAUGGAGGGGGCAGAGGAUCUGUGGAGGAAAUAAUGGGAAGGGAGUAUUAUUUUUAUAACAAUAGGAAAAGUAAAAAUGAUUCAGGGUGCUCACAGGAAGAAGUCCGGUCCAAGCUGCAGCAG